CCAGUGUUAACGUCAUCACUAUGCGACAAGUCAGCUGAUCGGGUUCCCUAAACUACAGAAGUCGGUUGUAAACAGAGAUAUAUCUAUCGGCAAAUAUGCCAUUAAUAUAAAACACUAUAUAUAAUUUAUAGCUAUUUAGCAGUACAAUGUAAAUCUAUUUGAAUGCAAGUUUGUUUCGACUGAAGUAUACGGAGAUUCGCUAACUGUACAUCUCCAUCAGCUAACAGCUAACAGAUUAACUGUGUUGGUUCUUUACAUACAACCCUGAACGCCAUGGCGAAUUCAUUUACACUUGGUGAAAGAUUUCAUGAGAGGAUAAAAGAGUUGCUGGAGAAUAAAUGCUGUAAUUCACCGGAUCUCGUUGAGGAAUUAGAAGCACUUAAAGAGCAGACCUUCAUCUCAUUCAAGACUGUCAGGAAACUGCACAAACUUCUUCAACAAAAUGGAUAUCCAGUUUACCUUCAUGAGCUGCUUGAAGACAGCAUGCUUCAUCUUCCGAAGGUGGAACCACCUCCAAGAAAUCCUCAGUUAGUAGCUCGUCUGGAGAAGAUUAAAGCUAAACUGGCGAAUGACGAAUAUAGGAGAAUCACACGGAAUGUAAAUCCUCAGGAAAUGAAUAAUCAUGGAACCUUAGCAGAUUUUGGAAAACAAGUGCGAUCUGUCAAAGCAGUCGUCGUUACAGUGUUUAAUUUCUUGGUGACAGUGGUCGCAGCCUUCGCUUGUGCCUACAUAGGUAGUCAGUAUCUCUUCACGGAAACAGCAGCGAGAGUGUUAUCAGCAGUGAUCGCAGCAUCUGUAGUUGGUCUGGCAGAACUUUAUGUCCUGGUUCGCACAAUGGAGGGUGAAUUAGGAGAGCCGUAACACCAACCAUCAUUGGAAAAAGCUCAACAUUUCCAGGACCUAUUCAAUAACCGUAUUCUACUGUAUUUGUUCCUGAUUUUUCAUCUGGAAAGGAAUGGAGAGUUUUAAAAUAAAGGUUUUCUUUUAAUUUGUUUCCUCAAGAAAGGUGAAAGCUCUGUAAUGGAAUAAUGAAUUCAGAUAGUAAAAUGUACAACUAGAGACCUUUGUGUUUCACCUAUCGGUGUAGUGGAUGUCUGUGUGUGGGAAUUUAUUUGUAUAUAUCAUGAUGAGCUUUAUUAAAAUGACUCUUACAGGAUUAUGCAGUUCAGUUUAUGUCCGCUAGAUGGUACAUAGGUCAAGGACUGGCAUUUAAUCAGAUGUACAAUGACAUAUCAGAUUCAUACCAAGGUGUUUUUUUGUUCAUUUUUGUUGUUGUUUUUGUUCGUCAUUAAAUAAUUCAGGGUUACCAACGCUCUCA